AUGGGGAGACAGCAGCUGGACUGGCAGCAACUGGAUUUACAGCCCCCACAGGAGCCACAGCCCCCACAGGAGCCACAGCCCCCCUUAGAGCCCCCACAGCUGGACCAGGAGCAGGCGGGCACACAGCAGCACACGGGCACACAGCAGCUGGAGCCACAGCCCCCACAGCAGGUCAUGGUUCUGGUGAACCAUGACCUGCGGUGGCUGUUCCGGAAGCUGUGGCUCCAGCUGCUGUGUGCCCGUGUGCUGCUGCAAGCCCGUGUGCUGCUGUGUGCCCGCCUGCUCCUGCUCCAGCUGGGUGGGGGCUGCAAGGGGGGCUGUGCCUCCUGUGGGGGCUGCAAGGGAGACUGUGGCUCCUGUGGGGGCUGCAAGGGGGUCUGUGCCUCCUGUGGGGGCUGCAAGGGGGGCUGUGGAUCCUGUGGGGGCUGUAAGCCCAGCUGCUGUCAGUCCAGUUGCUGCAAACCCUGUUGCUGUCAGUCCAGCUGUUGCAAACCCUGUUGCUCUUCAGGCUGUGGGUCUUCCUGCUGUCAGUCCAGCUGUUGCAAUCCCUGUUGCUGUCAGUCCAGCUGUUGCAAACCCAGCUGCUGUCAGUCCAGCUGUUGCAAGCCCUGCUGUUCUUCAGGCUGUGGGUCUUCCUGCUGUCAGUCUAGCUGCUGCAAGCCCUGUUGCUGUCAGUCCAGCUGUUGCAAACCCUGCUGUUCUUCAGGCUGUGGGUCUUCCUGCUGUCAGCCCAGCUGUUGCAAACCCUGUUGCUGUCAGUCCAGCUGCUGUGUCCCCGUGUGCUGCCAGUGCAAGAUCUGCUGUGGGUCUUCCUCCUGUCAGUCCAGCUGCUGCAAGCCUUAUUGCUGUCAGUCCAGCUGUUGUAAACCCUGCUGUUCUUCAGGCUGUGGGUCUUCCUGCUGUCAAUCCAGCUGCUGCAAGCCCUGUUGCUGUCAGUCCAGCUGUUGUAAACCCUGCUGUUCUUCAGGUUGUGGGCCUUCCUGCUGUCAGUCCAGCUGCUGCAAGCCAUGUUGUUCCCAGUCCAGCUGCUGUGUCCCUGUGUGCUGCCAGUGCAAGAUCUGAGGUUCUCAAUAAUUGGCUCUACCAAUUUCUUAACUCCUGAAGCCAGUUCCCAGGGAGCUCUGGGCUUCCUACUCCAGCUUUUGAGGGGAAGCAGUGAGUCACUGC